CUCACUCAAUAUGUACUUCUCACCACUUCUCGUAGUCCUCGCAGCCACCGCGUCAGCCAUCGACAUCAGGGCCCACGUUGGCGAUAACUGCGCUGGAGGCUCAGUCGCUUGUACCAACAUCAACCCUAACGUGUGCUGCUCUUUCAGUAGCUCAGCAAGUAGCGGCAGAUCGAGCAUUGCUGUGGUUGCCAUUCCGAGCAACUGGCGCAUCCGCACUGAGGCAUACACGGGCGGUGGUUGCUCAUUCUUUGGGGGCCAGCGCGAUUCUGGCGGUAGCACAACCGUCUGUCUGCCUUACACGACGCGUGGCGACCGCACGGGAGGGCAAUACUGGUUUCUCAACCGCAAGCGCGCUGUAGACGAGUCGUGCUCCGUUGAGCAACCCGGUGCUGGGAAAUGCGAGGCUGUGGUCAAACCUGAUACCCUCGGCCUCGCAGACGGCACCGAGUAUGACAUCGUCGGCCUGACAAAUGAGAAACUUCAGGAGUUGGAGAAGAUUGCCGACAGUGGCGCCGGCGCUGACGCCGUGCCUGCGGAGUUCCAGACUCUGCGCAAGACUGAGACUUGAGGCUAUACACGACCUUUACGACAGCAGGUAUCGGAGAAGUGUGGACCAAACCAGAGCCAAUUGGAAGCAUUUCAGCGGCAUUCGACCUUUCGUCGUUGUGCAUCUAAAUUCCGUCAAGUUAGCAAUUUAUGCCUGG